AUGCCCUCCGAUACAGUGCAUGAACUUGUUGGGAAGGAGGUGAGCCUGCGGGAUAUGCAGGCGUCUGCGAUUCUUAAGAUGCUGUUCCUGAACAAGGACACGAAGACGACGAAUCUGGAGGACACGUUCAGCGACCAAGAGCUUCUGUGGAAAGUUCUUGUGCUAGACGCCCGGAGCACUGCAAUUGUGUCUUCUGUGUUGCGUGUUAACGACCUGUUGAGGGCCGGAGUGACCGUUCAUGCGCUGAUUCAACAAGACAGACCCGCUCUGUCAGACGUCCCCGCGGUGUACUUCCUCUCCCCAACGGAGAACAACAUUGGGAUGCUUGUGCAGGACAUCAAGGAUGAUAAGUACGCCGAGUAUUACGUCAAUUUCACGUCUACGCUGAGCAGGGACCUUCUAGAAUCUUUUGCCAAACAGGUCUCGACAACGGGGAAGGCGGACAGGGUGAAACAGGUGUUCGAUCAGUACCUGGACUUUGUCGUCACGGAGCCAGAACUGUUCUCCUUGGAGAUCCGCAACGCGUACUCGCAGUUGAACAACGUCGUUGCGACGGAGGAGACCAUCACGACAUUGUGUGACCAGAUCGCAGAGGGACUGUUCAAUACGGUGAUGACGUCCGGGUCCAUCCCAAUCAUAAGAGCCCCCAAGGGCGGUCCAGCAGAGAUGGUCGCUGAGAAAUUGGGCGCGCAAUUGCGCGACUACGUCAUAAAUACGAAGUCCGCGUCAUCGUCUGCCGCGGGAGGAAUGCCAGGGGUCGACUCCCUCGAGAGAUGCGUCUUGAUCCUGUUAGACAGAAACAUCGAUUUUGCCUCCAUGUUUGCCCACACGUGGGCGUACCAAUGCUUCCUCUUCGACGUGUUCAAACUGUCCAGAAACACUUUGACCAUCCAAACGGCAAGCGACACCAAGACUGCUGGAGGUGAGGGUGAAGAUUCCAAGGGCUUGGUGACGAAACAGUACGACAUUGAACCAACAGACUUUUUCUGGUUGCAAAAUGCGUAUUUGCCCUUCACGCAAGCGACUGAGAACUUAGAGGCCGCUCUGAACCAGUACAAAGCGGAGGCCUUGGAAAUCACAAAGAAAACGGGUGUCACGGACUUGUCCGAUUUGGAUCCAAACUCGGGAAACGAUACUGUCCAGAUUCAAGAUGUGGUGAAUAAGUUGCCAGAGCUGACCGCAAGGAAGAAAAUACUGGACGCUCACUUCAACAUCCUGAGCACCGUAAUCACAGAACUUGGAAAGAAGAAACUGGACACUUUCUUUGAGCUGGAACAGGAUCCCAACAGCUCUAAAAUGAGAACCGAUUUUAUGAAUAUCUUGAACGACAAACUGACGAAUAACUUGGACGACAAGGCGAGAACCUUUAUUUACCUCUUCCUGACCUCGAGUAAUGGCCUCCCCAAGGAUUUCGUGCAGGAAGUGGAACAGUACUUCAAGUCGAACGACUACGAUAUCAGUGCGCUGAAGUACAUUUACAAACUGAGAGAAUACAUGCAGUUGUCCUCCAUGAACUUGCAAAACAAGUCAUUGGAGGACGGUGCCCGUAAAGGCGGGAAACCUAGCACUUACUCUCUUUCAGGGCUUUACAAUCUGACGGAGGGGAAACUGCCAGGCAAAGUUGGGAACAUUAUCUCUGGUAUCAAAAACCUGCUGCCCGAAAAGAAGACCAUCCCAAUUACCAACGUUGUCGAGGCAAUUGUCGAUCCCACUAACAGUUCUCAAAAGAACCUCGAAACGACAGACAACUACCUCUACAUUGACCCGAAGAUCACAAGGGGCUCGCACACGAAGAAGCCAAAAAGGCAAACGUACAACAAAGCGAUCGUUUUUGUCGUUGGUGGCGGUAAUUACCUGGAGUACCAAAACUUGCAGGAAUGGGCACACUCUCAGCUGCAUAAUCCAAAGAAAGUUGUCUACGGUAGCACGGCAUUGGCUACACCUGCGGAGUUUUUACAUGAAAUGGCCACUCUUGGUUCGGAACAGAAAUAA